ACAUCCGUUCAUGCUGCCCGGAACUGACUGACCAUAAUGUGACGGCUUCCUCGAUAGUAAACUAUUUCACAACAAGCCGGGCAGCUCAUCCGCAUGAGCGAACAUUUAUUCAACCUGGAGGUGUGGAAUCAGGUCUGAUUCGGAUUACAGCGUUUACAUUUGUGUGAAAGCGAUGGCGACAAGGAGCAGACUGCUGCUGCGGAGGCUCCUCGGUGCUCGCAGUGUUUGGUGUCACUCCUCAUGUGGAGGACUUCUGCUGAGGAGACCUCAACUCAGAACCUCAAGCUGCUCUAAAAGACUUUACACUCCUCCAGCCUCUACAGGUCCUAGCAGCCUGUCAUUGAGGAGUCAUACCUGUGGGGAGUUGAAUAUGGGUCACGUGGGAAAGAGGGUCACUCUGUGUGGCUGGGUCCAAUACCUCAGGCAAGACCUGUUUGUCAUCCUCCGAGAUUUUAGUGGCCUCACACAAGUCCUUGUUCCUCAAGAAGAGUCUGCAAGUAAAGUUAAAGCAGAUCUGUGUAAUCUCACUGUGGAGUCAGUCGUCAUGGUUACAGGGACGGUCAGAAAACGGCCAGCCGGCCAGGAAAAUAAGGAAAUGACGACAGGAGAAAUUGAGGUUCUGGCUGAAAACGUGGAGGUUUUUAAUGUAUGCAAGAAGCUCCCCUUUGAGAUGAAAGAGUUUGUCAAAAAGUCCGAGGCUCUGCGGAUGCAGUAUCGCUAUCUGGAUCUGAGGUCGUCAUGGAUGCAGAAGAACCUCCGGCUGAGAUCCCAGCUGGUGAUGAAGAUGAGAGAAUUCCUCUGCAAUGAGCACGGGUUCGUUGAUGUAGAAACACCGACUUUGUUCAAAAGAACGCCGGGGGGGGCCAAAGAGUUUGUGGUUCCAUCCAGAGAGCCGGGCCUGUUUUAUUCUUUGCCUCAGAGUCCGCAGCAGUUUAAGCAGCUCCUCAUGGUUGCAGGUGUGGACAGGUACUUUCAGAUCGCUCGCUGCUACAGAGAUGAAGGUUCCAAACCAGACCGUCAGCCGGAGUUCACACAGGUGGACAUAGAGAUGUCUUUUGUGGAGCAGGAAGGCAUCAGGACCCUGGUGGAGGGCAUGCUGCAGCACUCCUGGCCUGCAGAGAAGGGCUCUCUUCAGGUUCCCUUUCAGACUAUGACGUAUGAGGAAGCCAUGAGAGACUACGGCGUAGACAAACCGGAUACAAGAUUCAACAUGAAGCUGAUGGACAUCAGUGAUGUUUUCUCAUCAACACAAGUUGAAUUUCUCAGAUCGGCUCUGGACCAACCAGAAGGCUCCGUUCAGACCGUCCUUGUUCCCUGUGGAGCGAAACUUUUCACUGGAAAAGAGCUGGAGGGAAUAAGACAGACAGCCAAAACGCAAUUUGGACAGGAGCUCAGCCUGGUGCUCGUCAGGACAGACGGGACAUUGAAGUCUCCUCUGAAGAAGCUGCUGUCUGCUUCUCUUACAGAGGAUCUGAUGAGGAAGACUCGAGCCCAACCAGGAGACCUUCUGCUGAUAGCAGCCGGCCCCCUCCACACUGUGCGCCCCCUACUGGGAGGUCUUCGUCUGCAUUGUGCGCAGCUGCUGGAGUCUCACGGCUGUUCAGUCCGGGACCCUUUAGCCUUCCACUUCCUCUGGGUUGUCGACUUCCCUCUUUUUUUACCCAAAGAAGACGAGCCGCAGGAGCUGGAGUCGGCCCAUCAUCCGUUCACUGCUCCACUGCCAGAAGAUACUGCUUUACUCUUCACAGAGCCACACAAGGUGCGCGGUCAGCACUAUGAUCUGGUGUUGAACGGUUGUGAGAUUGGGGGCGGAUCCAUCCGCAUCCAUAAGGCUUCAGAACAGCUUUACGUCUUAAAAAACAUCCUUAAGGAGGAUGCCAGUCAGCUCACUCACCUGCUGGAGGCUCUGGACUCAGGGGCGCCCCCUCAUGGAGGCAUUGCUCUAGGUUUGGAUCGGCUGGUCUCCAUUAUAGUCGGAGCUCCCAGUAUCCGCGACGUCAUUGCAUUCCCAAAGUCGUUCCGUGGGCACGAUCUCAUGAGCCGUGCACCUGACAUGGUCUCAGACCGGGAGCUGAGGCCCUACCACAUUUCUGUCAAAUGGCCAACUGAACAGGGAGGAGAAGAAGGGAAGCAACAGGACUGACAAGUGUUACCCCUUCUGCCCUGGCUGCCAACAAGAAGUCUGAGAAGAGUAAAGCUACUGCAGGCUGGUCUGCAUAGACUAUACAACAGCAUCCUAGGAGAUGUUGCAGAUGUUGCUGCCUCGUGAUUAAUCACAUUUCAUUUUAUGUUAUAGUCCUUCAAAAUAAAACGUUACUUUUCAUAGAC